AUGCUACAAAGCGACUCCACAAACUGCGUAAUAGAUCUCACUUCUCAAGAGACGUGCAGCGGAUUUACGAGAAAACAUACUACUCCAAUGCCCACCAGUACACCCGAACUACGAAAACGUCUCCCGACGUUUCCCUACGAAAGGAGGCUUUCGAAAAUAGAUACGUUGCGUUUGGCAAUAGCUUACUUGGCUCUCCUCAACGAUAUGCUUACCAAUAUGGAUUGCAGCACAAACGACCAGUCCGGAUGUGGCGUGUUUUCGUUCAUCCUGAACCGAUUACGCUCACCAACACGGAGAUUCCUAAGUUGGUACACUAGUGAUGGCUCAAGUGGCCGGAAGGUCCGGGUUUCGAACCCGACCUCUGUCUCUCGACUUCCUCUGUCUAGACUUGGGCAACCUGGCAGUAUCCCAGCUCUCAUGCAACCUUCGGGUGGCACGACAGUUAGGCACCGAAUGGGUGCUACAGCUGUGCUUCAUCAACACUUUUCUAACCUGAUCGCUCGUUUGGAUUGGGUGCAGUGGGAUCGUCUUGGUUUCAGAGGGCAAGUCGAUUGGACGUCACUCAAAACCAGUUGUAACAAUGGGCUCCUCUGGACGCAAAGAGAAGCUGGA